UCUUCUUCUUCGUAGCUAAAGUCCUAGCAGGGUUUAUGCUUAUCAUCAGUCACUCACUGGAAUUGUCGACCUCAAAAGAGUUUCUAUCAAAACGAUGAUUCUCCAAACGACCUUCCCUGGCCACUCUCUCUGGUCGUCGUGCUCCGCUCACAGGCUCCAUCCUUUUCUCUUCUCCAAACGACGUCGUCGCAGUAGUCUCUCCUACUGGCAUUUCAAUCGUCUAAGGCCUAGGCUCUUCGCAGUUGCCGCCUCCGAGAAUGGCGUGUUCACUUCUCCAGAGAUUGCAAAGACCUUUGAUUUUACUUCAGAAGAAGGGAUAUACAAUUGGUGGGAGUCUCAAGGGUAUUUUAGGCCAAACCUUGACCGAGGAAGUGAUCCUUUUGUGAUUUCAAUGCCGCCUCCAAAUGUUACUGGUUCCCUGCACAUGGGACAUGCGAUGUUUGUGACUCUUGAGGACAUUAUGGUUAGAUACCAUCGUAUGAAGGGAAGACCCACGCUUUGGCUUCCUGGGACUGAUCAUGCUGGUAUAGCAACUCAGCUGGUUGUAGAAAAAAUGCUUGCAUCUGAAGGAAUUAAAAGGGUUGAAUUGGGUCGAGAUGAGUUUGUGAAUCGAGUUUGGGAGUGGAAAGAGAAGUAUGGUGGAACCAUUACAAAUCAGAUCAAAAGACUUGGCGCUUCUUGUGAUUGGAAUAGAGAGCAUUUCACCCUCGAUGAACAGCUAAGUCAAGCUGUCAUUGAGGCCUUUGUCAGACUUCAUGAGAAAGGCUUAAUCUAUCAAGGGUCUUACAUGGUGAACUGGUCUCCUAGUCUACAGACUGCUGUUUCUGACUUGGAAGUAGAAUAUCAUGAAGAAUCUGGUACUCUCUAUUAUAUUAAGUAUCGUGUAGCUGGAGGCUCAAAGUCUGACUAUCUGACAAUAGCAACAACACGCCCGGAGACUUUAUUUGGUGAUGUAGCUAUUGCUGUGCAUCCUGAGGAUGAUCGAUAUUCUAAAUAUAUUAAUAGAAUGGCUAUAGUUCCUUUGACAUAUGGCCGUCAUGUCCCUAUCAUCUCUGACAAGCAUGUUGAUAAAGACUUUGGCACUGGUGUGUUGAAGAUAAGCCCUGGACAUGAUCAUAAUGAUUACAAUCUUGCAAGAAAGCUUGGUCUUCCAAUACUUAAUGUCAUGAACAAGGAUGCAACUCUAAACAAGGUUGCCGGACUGUACUGUGGCCUUGAUCGGUUUGAGGCCCGCAAGAAACUUUGGGCAGAUCUGGAGGAGACUGGUUUGGCUGUAAAGAAAGAACCACACACUUUACGAGUUCCCAGAUCUCAGCGUGGUGGAGAAGUUAUAGAGCCACUAGUAAGCAAGCAGUGGUUUGUAACGAUGGAGCCCUUAGCUGAGAAAGCCCUUCGUGCUGUUGAAAAAGGAGAUUUGAAAAUCAUACCCGAAAGAUUUGAAAAGAUCUAUAAUCACUGGCUAUCAAAUAUUAAGGAUUGGUGCAUAAGCAGACAACUGUGGUGGGGACACCGAAUACCAGUUUGGUACAUUGUGGGUAAAGACAGUGAAGAAGAAUAUAUUGUUGCAAGGAGUGAGGAUGAAGCUCUUCGGAAAGCUCAAAAGAAGUAUGGAAGAGAUACAAAAAUAUAUCAGGAUCCGGAUGUUCUUGACACAUGGUUUUCAAGUGCACUGUGGCCUUUCAGUACUCUUGGGUGGCCAGAUGAGUCAAUCGAGGAUUUUAAGCGGUUUUAUCCUACUACAAUGCUUGAGACAGGGCAUGACAUACUGUUCUUUUGGGUUGCGAGGAUGGUCAUGAUGGGAAUUGAGUUUACAGGGACAGUUCCAUUUAAAUAUGUUUAUCUGCAUGGUCUCAUCCGGGAUUCACAAGGUCGAAAGAUGUCUAAAACAUUGGGGAAUGUCAUAGAUCCUUUAGAUACAAUCAAGGAAUAUGGCACAGAUGCUUUAAGAUUUACAAUUGCUCUAGGGACUGCUGGUCAGGACCUUAAUUUAUCCACUGAGAGGUUGACGUCAAAUAAGGCCUUCACUAACAAACUGUGGAAUGCUGGAAAGUUUGUAUUGCAGAAUUUACCCAGUCAAAAUGAUGCAUCAGCUUGGGAAAAUAUACUCUCUUAUAAGUUUGACAAAGUGGAGCUCUUGGACAAGCUACCUUUACCAGAAUGUUGGGUGAUCUCAAAACUUCAUUUGCUUAUUGACACAGUCACCGCAAGCUAUGACAAAUUUUUCUUUGGAGAUGUAGGAAGAGAGACAUAUGAAUUUUUUUGGGGUGAUUUUGCUGAUUGGUAUAUUGAAGCCAGUAAAGCUCAUCUUUACCACUCCAGUGGUGAUUCAGUUGCUUCUGUCACACAGGCAGUUCUGUUGUAUGUUUUUGAAAACAUACUUAAAUUGCUACACCCCUUCAUGCCAUUUGUGACUGAGGAGCUCUGGCAGGCACUCCCAUAUCGAAAAGAAGCUCUUAUAAUAUCACCAUGGCCACUGACUUCACUUCCAAGGAAGAGCAACUCGAUUAAGAAGUUUGAAAAUUUACAGGCUCUGACUAGAGCCAUCCGGAAUGCUCGAGCAGAAUAUUCUGUUGAGCCUGUAAAGCGUAUAUCAGCCUCAAUAGUUGCUAAUGAAGAAGUCACUGAGUACAUAGUGAAAGAAAAGGAAGUUUUAGCACUUCUCUCCAGGCUAGAUUUGCAAAGCAUCCAUUUUACAGAUUCUCCUCCAGGGAAUGCGGAUCAAUCAGUCCACCUUGUAGCUGGUGAAGGACUAGAGGCAUAUCUCCCUCUUGCUGAUAUGAUUGACAUUACUGCCGAAAUCCAACGCCUAUCUAAGAGACUUUCCAAGAUGCAGACAGAAUAUGAUGGACUUAAAGCUCGGCUCAGCUCUCCUAAGUUUGUAGAGAAAGCUCCUGAGGAUAUUGUCCGUGGAGUCCAAGAAAAGGCGGCAGAAACAGAAGAGAAGAUUACUCUCACCAAAAAUCGUUUAGCUUUACUCCAAUCAACGGUUGUGGUUACAUAAUCAGACCAUUUGUGAUCCCAUCCUCCAUUUUGAUUGGAUAUAUCCCAUGAUCCAUAUGGGAUUUGCAUCUUCUGCACUGUGCAGUAUUGAGGUUGGCCAACAUUAUUUUGACAGCAAUUUAUUAGCAUCUAAAGGAUCAAUGUGCAGUGAACUUGGCUUCGAUUUAACAAGUCUGGAGAUAGCUCUUUUUUUUUUUUCUUGUAGCACCGAAGCGUCCAAUAGAUGCUUGGCCAUUAAUUUUUUUCCCUUGUAAAUUUUGUAUGCUACUCAGGUUGUUUGUAAUAUGCCAUUUUUCUUACAAUGUAGGUUAAUAUAGUUGAGGCUCUA